UCUUCCCACCAUGCAUUGGGCGAGCGGGUCUCUGCGAUGUAGUACGUUUCACGGAGCUGAGGAAACUGCCGAGCGCCGGAGAGGCGGACCACAAACGUAGUCGAAGUCUUAACUCCUCGGAUAUAUACACACAUAAAUAUUAUACACACAUAUUUGAAACAAACAAACAAGCAAGCAAACAAAUAAAAACACUAGAGGAGACAUGGGGUUUCAUCUUCUAGCACAUCUCCCAAAAGGCCUGUAAGUGUCUGCAAUUCACCCAGUCGUCUCUUCGGAGGAUUCCUCUCCCCCUGCCCGCCGAUCCGCACCAGCCAGGCAAUGACAGCGGCCUCGGCAACCCCGCAGCAGAUGAGGGACCGGCUGCUGCAGGCCAUCGACGGCCAAAGCAAUCAGAUCCACAACAUGGUGACUGUACUGGAAGUGAUUUCUCACUUGGAGAAGUAUCCUAUUACCAAAGAAGCACUUGAGGAAACUCGUCUGGGGAAGUUGAUCAAUGAUGUGAGGAAAAAGACAAAGGAUGAAGAUCUUGCCAAGCGUGCCAAGAAACUCCUGCGCAACUGGCAGAAGCUGAUUGAGCCAGGACAGAAUGAGGUACCGCCAAAGGGGACACCAGGUACCCCAGGCUCUGCCAAUGGCGGGAGCCAUCCGUGUCCAGCAGACAUUUCUCCCCCAACCAUCACUCCAGCUGGCAAACCAGCCUCAGAACUCAAGAGCAGAAAUGACAUCUACAACUCAUAUUCUCCCAAGGCUGAGAAAUCAAGCAGCCGAAAACGGAAGGGAGAUCAGAGAGACUGUAUGUAUUUACCAACGAAAAUAUCAAAAACGUCUGCCUUUGAGCAUAUACAGAACUCCACCCCACCACCAACGAAUGGCAUUGGGAGUAGCCCAGAGCCUUCCUCCAACACCUUAGAUGCCAACCCCCACCUGCUGUUAGACAGGGGCAGUACAGAACUUGACAAUGACAGACACAAUAAGAUUCCUGUCAAUGCGGUCAAGCCUCAUCCCACUACUCCAGGGCAUGUGAAACCUCCCAGCACUUCCUCAUUGCUCAGAACUUCAGUAAUGCAGCAGCACAUAAAAAUGGAUGAAGUAACCGGAAGUGGAAGGGCAAGCCACUGUCAGCCUAGAAGCCCCCGCUGUACUUCCUUCAGCCCAAGAAGUGCAAAGCAGGAGAUGGUGGCAAAGCGGCCUGCAACAUAUGCACCAAGAGGGACGCUUUCAAGUCCAUCUCAGAGUUCCAGGUUUUUGGACAGUUCUCCUCCAGUGCCCUCUCCUUUGCCUUCACCCCAGCCUUUAAUCCCCACUGCCCAAGUUUCGCUGGCUGAUAAACCUCAGUCUCCAAGGCCUAGGCCUUCUCUGCUGUGCAACGGGCCUGCAGAUAUGUACCAGCAACUGCAACAGAGUAUGGGGGCAGUAGAAUCAGCACAAGACUCUCAUAGUCCUGGACUUGCCUCGCAAAGCUUGUGUGCAGCAUCACAUGAGCUGGGCACUGAAGCAGGAAAGGUGGACAAUUACAGCAUGGCAUCGGGCUCUGAGGGGAAGAAGAGGAAGAAAUAUAGACCCAGAGACUAUACGGUAAAUCUGAUUGGGCAGUCCACAGAGGACAGCACAAAACCUGUGCGGUUAAAAGACCGCAGGCUCACUUUCGACCAUGUGACACAGCAGAUAAAACCCCUGACGCCUAAAGAGUCUUACCAGGGAGAAGAGCCUCAUGGGCGGUCCUCGCCCGAUCCCCCACGGACCGACCUGCUUAAGCAGAAGCCCGCAGCAGCGCUCCCCAGUCCCUUCCAACAGACAAACUGGAAAGAAUUGUCAAGGAACGAGAUCAUUCAGUCAUACCUUAGCCUUCAGAGCAAUGUACUGACAUCCUCUGGGGCACAGACCCCAGGUGCACAUUUCUUCAUGACAGAGUAUUUGAAACACGAGGAGCACCAUAUUAAGGAGUCCAGGAAAACGCAUGUCUUGGUACCAAAUAGCUCUGAAACGGACCUUCCUGGAGUCAGCCGAGAGGUGACUUUAGAAGACCUCUCCAGAAUACACAAUGAGCGCUGGCCCGGAGUAAAUGGCUGUUAUGACACCAAGGACAACUGGUACGAUUGGACACAGUGCAUAUCCUUAGAUCCUCACGGGGAUGAAAGUCGGCUGAACAUCCUGCCAUAUGUCUGUCUAGAUUGAGUCCUGUAUUUUUAUUUCUUUGAAAGGAGAAAGCGAAAAAUGUCCACUGUGAAUGGCAGGGAAGGCAGAACUGCUAACAUUUUCCACCACAGAGAAAUGUAAUGCAGGCGGGAAUAAAAGUGGUUGCCAUCAGUAGGCAAAAAGCACUGAUUCAUUCAAUUUUUUCCACAGAUAAAUUGUAGGGAAAACACCCUGUUUGUAGUGUGCUGCUACCAACAAAGAAUUGCAAACAUGGGUUUGAAGCAGAGGUAGACUGGUUUCCACCAGUAAAGUUACAACAAAGCAUCUGUGGCAGGGUUAAUAAAACAUCUACCAUAAGGUUAAGGGUUAAAUAUGUCCAGUAUUUAAAGUCUGGAGUGUGUGGCAGGAACAGACAUGUGGAGCAAGAGAUAAAUAAAAUUCCCUUACGAUGUAAUCAUUUAUUUAUUUGAUCUUUUUUUAAUUCUGGAAAUUUUGCAAAAACAAAUGUUUUGUUUGCAUCACACAUUCUGUUUGAACUGUUGGUUGUGCAAUUCAAAGUUGUGUCCAUGUUUUUGCACACUUUCUCUCACAGUAAAUGGGUUGGCUACCGUAACGUCCAUCAUUCCAUUCACCUUUCCACCUCCUUCCAUAUAAUUCAUGUUACAUGCAUUUGACACCAAUCUCUAUAUAUACACCAGGAAAGAAUAUGAAAAAGAUCUAUUUUUGAAAAUGUGUUGAAUUAAAAUAUUCAUUUUGUUGGCUUUUUCUCUUUUUUACCUGGUUGGUAGCUAUCUCUUCCUAAUUGCUCAGCCCUCUUCCCCAAGGAAUAAAAUAAAAAUUCAAAGUAAAAUACAACAGAGUGCUACUGCAUUGCAACUGUGUACUGUGAGGAACAGAAGAAAAAAAAUAAAUGUUUGUAUGCUGGAAAUUACUUGUUACCAUUCCUUUAGAUAUUUUGCCUUAUUGAAAAUUGUCAUAACACAGUUUUUGUGCAGAAAAGAGCCUUAGUGAAUGUACAGAAAUAAAUAUUCUGUGUUAAGUUGAAUGCAGAAGUGAGCAACUUUGCUAUUUGGUCCUUUUUAAAUGGACACAGUGGUAUAUUGUGUGAAUAAAAAA